AUGAUAUCAGGUGGUCUAUUCUGGUUGAGGUGCAAUUUUUGUUCAUCAGAUUCAUGUGAAAGAUCUCUUUAUCUAACGGAUUGUUCUCACAUUUUUUGUUUGAAUUGUUUGGGUAAAGAUAUAAAGUUAGAUGAUAUCAAUUGUUUGACAUGUAAGAAAAAAUCAAGGGUAGAAAAGAUUAGUGAUAAUAUGACAAAAGAAAAGUUGUUUUUCUUUAAAGACCCGGAGGAAUUAAUGGAGGUAUUUAAAAAAAAAAUUGAUAAGAUAAGAUCAUUUCAAAACUAUCAUCAGGAUUAUAAUAUGAAACUUAUGGUUGGAAGAUGUAAGAAAGCUACUAACAUAUUAAAAUCAAAUGUUAAAGAAAAAGAGGAGAUGAAGAACAAGUAUACUCAACUUAUGAAGUUAACAAAGGAUAAAUUUGGGAUAUUGAAAAAAAAGGAAGAAGAAAUGGUUAUUCUAAAGGAAAAACUUGAUGGAGUAGAGAAAUCAAUGAUCCGUCACAAAGACAAUGAAAGAAGACUUGAAGAAAAAUUGAAAAAACUUCAGAGUAUGUCUCAACAUCGUCAAGCUAUGAAGAACCAUUCUUCUGAAGACAACAGAACAGACUCAUUUUCUUUGAAACGUAGAAGGGAAAGUGACGCCGUUAAAAGCAAACCAAAACCUAAGUAUGAUGUUUCGCAAAUUCCUUUGUUUCCAAGCAAUAAACUAAGUGCACCUAUAUUGAAAACUUCUAAUGGGCCUGAAUACCCAACGCUUAAAAGGAGAAAUCAACCAUGUCCAAAAACACAGAAUUUUUCACCAAUAAGUGGAGCAAGAUUUAAUCAUACCAAGGAUUUUUUUUCAGACAAAAAUUCUUAUGACAACUUGUUUUUUAAAAUGCAUGGUGCAGGUGAUGAUACCGAUGAAUGUGAAUACAACUUUAACAACUUAAAUAAUUCAAAAGAUAUUUUCUUCCAAGGUGCUACGAGUACACAAAGGGAUACUGUUAGAAACCUUCCGUUGUCAUUGGAUGGAUCGGAAAUUAGUAGAAUAAGUCCUUAUGGCAAGAUGCCUAGGAUAUAA